AUGCAGAGAACAUUCUUAGAAACUUCAAAAUUGAUGAUCCAAUACCUCAACCCCUUAGAAUUCACCGUUAGAAAAUUUGGAGCCUUGUGGGCCUCAAAAAACAGUGAAACAAAGUACAGCUCGGAAGAAAAAUUAAAAGAGGGAAAUGACAAAAAAAAUGACUCCCGUGAAGAGAUAGAAUGUGAAUAUUGCCAUAAGAUAUUAACAUCUAAAUUGUCACUGAGAAACCAUUAUAAAAUACACACAGGCUUUGACGUUGUAUGUGAGCACUGUGGAAAAAAAUUCAUAACCCGGCGUUUGCUUCUGAUGCACUGUCGAGCAAAACAUGGUUAUGAGAAGACAGAUAAAUGCUCAUAUUGUGACUAUAAGGCAUCCAAUGCAGAACAGGUUAAAAUUCACGAGAGGCUCCACACAGGGGAAAAACCUUAUGUUUGCAAGGAAUGCAAUGCUGGUUUUCAUAGAAAAAGUAGUUAUUUACAACAUAUAGCUAUACAUCUACCGGAGAAGACUGUUCAGUGUGACCAGUGUCCAGCACGGUUCAAAUCUGUAACACUAAUGCGUAUACACAAAAACAGACACAGAGCACCACAAUACAGAUAUAAGUGUGGUGUAUGUGAUAAUAGUUUUGCAAGACGAAGGAACGCUGCCAGACAUUUGCAAAGAGUUCAUGGUGUCCCACCUGACCAUCAUAUACAUAGACAUAAUAUACAUUGACAUAUUUCUAGUAUUAACUAUACAAUGAGAUAAUUGUGGUAGACAAGACAAAAAGUAUCUGUUGUUGUGCAUUUAAAUCCUGACUACAAUUUUUCUUAUGUAGUAACACUAGAUCAUACAAGGAAGGUAAUCUUUUAAAGGUAACCGGGAUGUCUAUAAAAGAAAUUGAUCAAAGAAUCAACGUCAAAGAUCCACUCUAAGGCCAAGAACUUCAUGGUUAAAGCCAUACUGUUAAUAAAAUAAAAUUGGAGAUAGGUGGAAUUUGCAAGUGGGCAUAAACUCUUCUAUAAUGUUUUAAGACCAGUUGUAAAGAAAAAUGGCAUGCAUGGAUAUGGAAGUGACAUCAUUGUUGGUUAAACAAGACUCUUUAAAAUGAUUCACUAAUAUACACAACAUCUAAAAAUAUUGGUUGUUUGUAAAGUAGGUUUACGAUCGAGAUGUUUACGUGACAACGUCUUAUUGGUGAUAUAAGUUUUUGGGAAGUAAGGAAUUAAUGA